GCUGAAAACCUGAGGAACAAGUGGCAUAAGCUCCAGGAGGAGCCUGUGGCACUUUCCGGACCGUGGUUUGGGGAAGGAGGACUAACGCGGGCCGAGGCACCCCGGAUAUUUUGGACAGGACAAAGAAUGAAACCAGAGGGAAGUUUUUGGAGUUGAUUUCUUCUGAGAGGAUUCGUUCUGAGAGGGGGAGCGUGGUAGGGGGAAGAGCCCGGAGUCACCACACAGCCCUGGGUGUCGGGUGAAAGCAGGCCAGAGAAAGAAACUGAAAGUGGAAUUUCAGACCCGUGUAUAAGAGCUACCACUGGAGCAGUUGAACUACAGAUGCUGCCUUGCCUUCACGAUGAAUCAGAGUUCUGAGAAGCCACAACGUGGAGACAUCAUUGUGAUUUUGCACCUUCGCUAUAUGGAUUGGGCCGUCUAUGUGGGAGGAGGUAAUGUGGUCCAUCUGACUUCAGGUAAGAGUUCCACUAUAGGGCUCUCUAACUUCUUCACGUAUCUGUGGGGUGAUACCGAGGCCACCAAGGAGCCCUUAAAGGAUGCGGCGUUGGGGAGAGUCCGCUGGGUCUGCAACCACCUGGACCACAAGUACAGACCUCGGCCUGUGGAUGAGAUCAUCGCGGCUGCAGAGAAGAUGGCUUGCAACAGGAAGAAGUAUGGAGCCCCCAUUCAGAACUCUGAGAGAUUUGUCAAUGCGCUGAGAUACGGCCAGAUCCCCCGCAAGUGGUCAAAUGAAGACCCACAACCUGGAGACCUGAUUGAGAUUUCUCGCAGUGUCUUUGCGCACUGGGCUGUCUAUGUAGGAGAUGGUUACGUGGUCCAUCUGCUUGGUUCAGAUCUGCCCUUGCUUGGCUCCUGCAGCAGCAGCCCAUGUAGCAGCCCAUGUGAAGACAGGAAUGGCGAAGUGAAACGUGAGCGCCUGAGGGAUGUGGUGGGAGGAGACACGUACCGCGUCAACAAUUAUCUGGACUACAAGUUCCCUCCACGGCCUGUCCAAGCGAUCAUUCAGCUGGCAGAGGAGAGAGUAGGACCUUGCUAUUACAAUGUUCUGUGGGCAAACUGCGAGCACUUUGCCACUGACCUGAGAUACGGCAAGCGCUAUAGCAAGCAGAGUAACCAAGUUCUCAGGACUGGAGUUCUGGGUGUUCUGGGUGGACUGGCGGCCUCAAUCAUCUGAGUACACUUACCCAAAGCCACAGCUGCAUGAAGAAGCAAUGCAAAUCCUGAAGUUAGAGGCUGCUGCACAGAAUAGCACUUCCUCUGUGCACCUGCUUCUCUCUCACUGGCAAUUGCAAGGACUGACUCUAACAAGACUGUGAGCUUCUUGAAGAAUUGGGCGGCUGACCCCAGUGAGCCCUUCAUGAAAUAUUCCUCCUGCUCAAUUGUAGGCUCAUGAAUCAUCGGAAAAGAGGCGAGUCCUCCCUGAGCACUUCCAACAGCACAACUUUCAAAAUAUCCCCGAAUCCAGGUUUCAGUUUCUUCAUUUCUCAUACGGGAGCAACAGUAAUUUCUUCACCAUGUAUUGUUGAGGUUUAAUGAAAUGGCGUAUACAAAAUGUUUUCACACAACUUCCGGCUUGUAGCAGAUGCUUAGUAAAUUUGCUCACUGCAUUUCA